GGGGGGUUCCCGCAUAGCACAACUUCAAAAGCAUGUGGCAAGUUGCCAGUCUUUAAACUGCUUUCAAAACAGCCUGGCAAACACACAUGGCCACCAUACUUACACCACCAGACGCUUUUGGCAUCGUGGAACGAGGGGUAUACCGCUCAAGUACGCUUCACCCCACAAACUUUUCAUAUAUUCGGACGCUGGGUCUUCGAAGUGUGGUGGUUUUGACGCCCGAUGUGCCUUCAAAGGGCGUACAGGCUUUUUAUGAGGACUGUGGGACGCGGCUGAUCCACCUCGGUCUGCAAACUUGGCGCCCAAACCUAGGUUGGAGACCUGUUAGCGAGGAACUGAUCAAGGAAGGACUCGAACUCGUGCUUAAUGUAAACAAUCAUCCCGUCAUGGUUAUGUGCACAUCGGGCAUACAUGAUACAGGAACCUUCAUAGGUUGCUUGCGCAAAUUGCAAGGAUGGAACUUCAACUCGAUCAUCGUUGAGUAUCGCAGCUAUGCUGGGAGUAAAGCUCGAUACGUAAACGAACAAUUCAUUGAAUUGUUUGAUAUGGAUUUGGUGACUCUGCCAAGAGAUCUACCGUCUUGGUUUCUCUAUCAACAAAAGUUACUGCAGGAGGAAGAAGAAGAAUUCGAGAGGAAGAAAGCCGGGAGGCAGACGCCAAUAUCCCGCUCACCAAUACUUGCGCAAGCGUUGAUCUCCUCUCCCACUUCAAACACAAUUGAAACGAAUGCUUGAAAAAUCAAAUAUCAGAUUUGUACAUAAAGUUUGGCAAUCCUGCCUGUCCUACUGUAAAAGAAUACACAAUAAACUCAUAUAUGAAGAGGUAUCACCACCA